GGUGUUUUGAAAUGACACAAAUGUCUGCCGUUGGAAGCUCCAAAGGAGGCUGGCUACCAAAGUGGCCAAUAACAACAACGACGACAACCCCCACCCUUCUUUCUUUUCAAAAACCUCUCUCCCCCUUUUACCACCCCGUUUGGUUUCACCUCUUCAAAACCGAUUAAAAUUCUUAAAUCCCUCUUCAUUGAAUGGAAGCGAUACGAAAACAAGCCACGAAACUUAGGGAACAGGUCGCUAAGCAACAACAGGCUGUUCUCAAGCAGUUUGGGGCUGGUGGAUAUGGAGGUUCAGACACACUUGUUACUGAUGAAGCAGAACUCAAUCAGCACCAGAAACUUGAGAGGCUUUACAUAUCAACACGUGCUGGCAAGCAUUUUCAAAGGGAUAUUGUUCGUGGUGUAGAAGGAUAUAUUGUCACAGGAUCCAAACUAGUUGAAAUAGGAACAAAGUUUUCAGAAGAUAGCAGGAAAUAUGGUGCCGAAAAUACAUGUACUAGUGGUAAUACAUUGUCAAAGGCCGCAAUGAAUUAUGGUCGUGCCCGUGCUCAGAUGGAGAAGGAACGUGGGAAUCUGCUGAAAGCUCUUGGUACACAGGUAGCCGAGCCAUUAAGAGCUAUGGUAAUGGGAGCUCCAUUGGAAGAUGCGCGGCAUCUUGCUCAACGUUAUGACAGGAUGCGACAAGAAGCAGAAGCUCAGGCUAUUGAAGUUUCCAAGCGGCAGGCAAAAGUGAGAGAAAUGCCAGGCAGUCCUGAGCUUGCAAUGAAGUUAGAAUCUGCAGAAACAAAGCUGCAAGAUCUGAAGUCAAACAUGUCCAUAUUGGGGAAGGAAGCAGCUGCAGCAAUGGCUGCUGUUGAAGCCCAACAACAGAGGUUAACUCUUCAGAGACUUAUUGCUAUGGUUGAAGCUGAACGUGCUUAUCACCAGAGAGUCCUUCAGAUACUAGAUCAGCUUGAAGGAGAGAUGACAUCAGAACGACAACGAAUUGAAGCGCCUCCCACCCCAAGUGCAGAGAACAGCAUGCCUCCACCUCCAUCAUAUGAAGAAGUGAACAGCAUGUAUGCUUCCCAAGCACAUAACGGAACAACGGACAGCAUCAGUUACUUUUUAGGGGAGGUCAUGCAUUCAUAUCAAGGACAAUCUGAUGUGGAGCUGACUUUGUCAAUUGGUGACUAUGUUGUUGUUCGAAAGGUGACAAACAAUGGCUGGGCCGAAGGGGAAUGCAAAGGUAAAGCAGGCUGGUUCCCAUAUGGGUACAUUGAAAGAAGGGAUCGUGUCCUUGCCAGCAAAAUAGCUGAAGUGUUUUAGAGUUUUCUUCUGGGCUGAUGAUUUUGUAUUGAGUGUAUGUUUUACACUCUGCAUGUUCUCAAAUGCGGAGAAUGAUUGUUGUGGAUCGAUGAUCAAGGGGGGGAAAAUUGUUGCAAAUCGGAGGCCGUGGCUUUCCUUGUGAUAUACAUACUGAUUUUACCUCGUGAUCAUAUUGAUAUAUAAAUGCCUUGUUUAUUAUUUUUUAUUA